AUGUCUAUUCCCCUCCGAGCCCUUGGUCCCAACGGUCCUAAGGUCCCUGCUGUUGGCCUGGGCUUGAUGAGCAUCGGUGGUGCCUAUGGUCCAGCAGGCUCCCUUGAUGAAAAGGUCGCUUUCCUGGAGCAUGCGCAUGCCACUGGAGAGUGGUUCUGGGAUACUGCCGAUGUGUAUGCCGAUAGCGAAGACAUCGUUGGCGAAUGGUUCAAGCGCUCUGGCAAGCGUGACGACAUUUUCCUUGCUAGCAAGUUUGCUCUCCAGCCGGACCCCAAGGUGGGCUUGUCUGUCCGCUCUGAUCCCGAAUAUGUCAAGCAGGCUUGCGCAAAAAGUCUUGAGAGACUUGGUGUUGACACUAUUGACUUGUACUACUGCCAUCGGGCCGAUGGAGUGACGCCUAUUGAGAAGACUGUCGAAGCUAUGGUGGAGUUGAAGAACCAAGGAAAGAUCCGAUGCCUCGGCCUAUCUGAAGUUUCAGAAGCAACUCUCCGUCGAGCCCAUGCCGUCCAUCCUAUUACCGCAUAUCAAGUGGAGUAUAGUGCCUUUGCACUGGAUAUCGAGUUGCCUACUGUCAACCUCCUGAAGACCUGCCGCGAGUUAGGUAUCGCUGUUGUGGCCUAUAGCCCCGUCGGCCGUGGAAUAUUGACUGGAGAGAUUCAGUCUCCUGCUGAUUUUCCCGAGGGUGACUUCCGUCGCAUGGUGCCCAAGUUCUCGGAGGAGAACUUCCCUAAGAUCUUAGAGUUGGUGAAAGGGCUGAAGAGUGUUGCUCAAGUGCAUGGAAGUACCCCUGCGCAGGUUGCCAUUGCGUGGCUGCUUGCCCAGGGACCGGAUAUCUUCCCCAUUCCAGGAACCAGAUCCACCAAGAGGGUUGAUGAGAACACCAAGUCUGCUCUGCUGCAGCUGACGGACAAGGAGGUGCAGGAUAUCCGGGACUUGGUAGAGCGAACGGAGAUCGCUGGCACUCGGUACCCUGCUAUGAUGAUGGGUAGUAUCUUUGCCGAUACACCGCCGCUGUAG